CUUUGAGCAUUUGCAACCUUCUUUUAUCUAUUUAUUAACAACAGUUGUUCAACGUCAAAGAAGUCAGAAAAAUAUUUUGUUAUCCACUUUUAAGAUGAGCAUGAAUGGAAGAAGCACGUUUGUGAGCGUAUUGCUGUUGUCACUUGCAGCUCAGACAUGCCGUGCCGACGAGAGCUACAUGCCGUCUCCUGACGCCAUCUCCCCUCACAGACUUGUGAGGGAGCAAUCCUCGCUUCCAAACGUUGACGAUGCAGAAGAAAAUGAAAUAAAAGUAGAGGACAAGGAAGAUGGAGAAGAAGGUCGGUGGUGCGGGACGUGUGGAGAUCCUGGGACUCCAACGUUCAGCGUUGAAAAAGUCCCCUACUUCCCUUUCCUGCCCUCCCUUACGGGGCUGGGGGAAAAGUUGAGCCUACUGGGGAACUGGGCAGUGCUGGGGAUUGCCAUCCCCGUGUUAGUGCUGCAGAUUAUCACCUUGGGGCUCAUCGGCUACCUUCUCAAGAUCGAGAAGAGUGGAGACUACGAUGAGACUGGUACUGAUGCGGGGUACUACACAGCCUACCCUGUACAAGGGUACAACAGUGACUCGUACAGCAGCUACAGAAGCCUUGUGCCCUCACAUGGUGACCUCAACUGGGCACUGGAGAAACUGUCCAGUGCCCUGGAUGUCUACAAAGAGUAUUCCAACAAUACAAUCUGAUCCUCCGUAC